GCCUACAUAUGCAUAUAAUUUCUACCAGAAAUAUAAAAGUUUUUAAAGUAAAGGAGUCCUUGGGGAUAAUUAUCUUUAAUGACGCUGAAAAUCGACUUCAGUCUUCUUAACAUACCUCAGUUAUCUUGGCGAAAGCAAUUUAAUUUGAUAAUUUCGUAGGUGUCGAGUAAGUCGUCUAUUAAUAGGAUCUAGCCCCACGGUCUUUAUAUGCCUAAAUAUUUCUAUAAUUGUUGACAACAUUCAAAUUGCACCAAAUGACUAUGUGUGGCACCCUGCGUGUGAAGUCAUUGACUUGUUUGUAUUCGGUCAAUCGUUCAUGACUCGUGUGUAUAUGAGCUUGUUGAACGCAGGAGAACUCUAAACCUAUUGGCUAUUAUAUGAAAUAUAUCGAUUCUACUUGAAAACCCCCUCCAUAUAAUUAUCCCAACGAUGACACAAGUUUUACUGCUGUGUAUUUCCUCUCUUCUGUUCACGCACGUCCAAGGUUAUUCAUUUCGGAGUUUCCUCACAUUCAGCCGAAAUAGCAUUUGUCGAAACGAUAUAUGUCGAAACUAUCGUGAGGUGAUUCCUUCUGUAAUGGAAGGACUAGUACUUUCCUUGAGAGAGUGCCAAAAUCAGUUUAAGAACAGAAGAUGGAAUUGUACUGAGAAGGGAGGCGCUAUUGAAAAGAUCAUAGGCAAAGACAUUCGUGAAUCUGCAUUCAUACUGGCUCUCAAUGCUGCUGGUGUUGCAUAUUCCGUGACUCGCGCAUGCUCAUUGGAUGAUAUAAAAGCGUGCGCCUGUGAUCCAUAUGCAUACAGAGAAGGUAUGAGCCCAUCCUCAAGAACUAUCGCUCAAAAGAGGAUUGUGGAACGAUUCAAAGUGAGUGGCGUGUGUCAAAGAAAUAUAGACUUUGGGGAAAAAAUUUCACGAACAGUGUUCACCGAUAAAUCGGCUGAUCUCGAUGCUCGCACGAAGCUAAUACGGUGGAAUUACGAAGCUGGAAGGAAGGCUUUAAGAAAGAAGAUGCGCGAAACGUGCAAAUGUUUCGGUUACAGUGGGGCAUGCACGCAGAAAGCCUGUUGGUUGAUUAUGCCUCCAUUUAGCCUUGUUGGGAAACUUUUAAAAGAGAAAUUCGAUUCAGCGUCUAAAGUUUCUUUUGGAAAUAAAGGAGAAAACAUUGUUCCCGAGGCUUCGAUGAAGGCACCAACCCCUAACGAUUUGCUGUAUACAAUGGAUGCUCCAUCGUUCUGCGAACCUGACCCCUUCGGCUCAUUUGGAACACGGGGUCGAUACUGCAAUGCUACCUCCAUGGGAACGGAAGGUUGUGACAUUAUGUGUUGCAGUCGAAAUUAUGAAGCGAGAGUUGAGCACGAGGAGAACUAUUGUGAUUGUGUGUUUCGCUGGUGUUGUUCUGUGAAAUGUAAAACUUGUAAAGUGAGAAAGAUAGUUCACAGAUGUUUGUGAAAAGAAUUUCAGAUUUCGUGCAAGUAUGCUGUUUGUACACGUAGGAUAUAUCCUGUUAUGUUUCUACGAUGUGUCCUCAGAGUUGACCAUCGAUUGUGUAUCGUGUGAACCAAUGCUAUAAGCUCUUGUUCUCUUGGAUAUAUAAAGUUAAAGUUUAAAAAACACGUGUUGUUUGAUACAGUUGCAAUGUCACCUAAGGUAACCUGCAGCACCUUUAUCUCUCUAUCGAACACAGAAAAAAGUAUUAUUUUAUCAGAGCUUAUAAAGCCAUUUUAUAUGUUUUCUAUAGAGGUGUUUGUCUAUAUUAAAGAGACUGAGUCUAUAUGUAUAACUUAGCGUGAAAUGCUAUCUUAGAUUGUAUUUUAUAAAAGCUAAUGCUACUGUGGAUUUUCAUUUUAAUCAGUUAAUAAAGCAAAUGCAUUUUGAUUCACUUUCUUGAAACGUCACUCAAUAGUUAUCCAUCGUUUUUACUAACAUCAAAUGUUAUAGCAACUGAUAUAUUUUGAUAUAUUAUCUUAGUCAUAAUUAAGAUAUGAUUAUAUAAUUGCAAGAAUUUUUGUAACGAAAAAAAUUGUUAUGAAAGACAUUAAAAUAUUACUAAACAGCU